UCGGCCUCCCAAAGUGCUGGGAUUACAGGCGUGAGCCACCGCACCCGACUAUUCAAGGUAUUUUUCAAUACCUUGCUGCCUGGCUACUGCAGUGCCAAUUCUGCCAUUCCCUUCCCCUCCUCAAUUCAGGCAUCACCUGAGGGACUUGCAGAGCAUCAGGGAUCUGGCCCCUCUGAGAUCUUGCUGGUCUACUCAAGCCUUUGUACAGCACCAAGCAAUGAAAUUAAAUGUGGGACAUGCACUAUCACAGAAUAACUUUUUAAUUGCUUAAUUAAAUCAGAGAUUUAAGGAAGGAGAGAUUCAAAAGAGUUCCCUUUGAAUGAGAAAAAUAAGGAUAUGCCAAAAUGGAUAAAGUUACUAAUCAUGGGAACAAAGCCCUUAGUAUUUACAUAUGAUAAAAAUGCAGGCCAGUAUAGUAAAAUCAGUAAGUACAUUCUUUAAAAUUUCAAUUCAGUAUAUUCCUGAGAUUUUAUUAUACAGGUAGUACUAUAAAGAACAUAGAAGACCUCAUUAUCCAACUUAAUUCAGACCAGGGUUUGAUUAAAAAAACAAAAAAAAAAAACUACCACACAGAACAAAGAAAUUGCCAUAAAAUUGAGUUCCUAUAAAUGUGUUCCAGUUUAAGUAACUAAGUCCCUAAAAUGAGCCUUAGGAAAGUCUACGCUGCAUAUAGACAGACUUAGGCACAUCAAGUAUACAGGUGACAAUUAGCAAGUGUAUAAAGCUAUGGUCAUUUCGCUAAAUGUGUAAAUCUAAAGGCAACCAAGUAAAAGACCUAAAAAAGGAAACUGUUAAGUCCAUUUGUACAUGGAUUUAACAGUGAAGCAUUUCAUUCUUCAUGUUUUCAUUUGGUGUCUUGAAAUAAUCCCCUUUCUGUCUCCACUCUCCCUCUCAGACACUGCGCCUGCCUUAUUUAUUUAUGAAGUCUGAAGGUUAGUCCUACCUGCUGAGACUAAUUAGCCCUGUGCUUUGUAUCCUAUGCAAUCCUGUCUGAUUAAAUGUACACAUUUGUUUUACUUCUUUUCAGGCUCCUUCUCACUCUACUUCUGAUAUUCUGAUUAAUAUCAAAGUUGGGAGUUACAGUGAUUCUCCUCUGCCUCCCCCCCAACCCAUUUUUAUUUUGCCUGCAUCUUAUUCUUUAGUGUGCAAAUGUGGUUGUGAAUUUUUUCCAGUGCAGGGGAAUUCGUUGGCCUUGUCAAUCUCGGUAUCAUUAUUUUUAGUAGUCUUCUUCCUGAGACUUUAGCCUAUAAAACAGUUUUGCUGAAACCCCAAACUCUCUAAAUAUUACAUGGCAAAUUUGCUUUCUUUUGGAAACCUCGGUGCUGAUGGGCCAGCUGAAGUGCAGGUGAGCUUUUUUAGGGAAGGGUGGGAUAACAGUACAUUCUGGACUCUAGACUAAUACUGCUCCUAAGAGGCAAUUUGCUAAAUCCUACUGAUUUAUUUUUUUCUUUUUUCUCUUUUUCAUGUUGUAGUGUCCAGUCUACUUCUUACUGGAUAUUUGCAAAAAUGAAUCUUCUUGCUCUAUCACCCAGAAACAUUGUGUUUUGGGAGCUGGGCCUUUCCUCUUUAACAUAAUUCCAUCCCCCAUUUUGUAGCAAAUCAGUCUGCUCCUCCUCUAAUACCUAAAAGUCAACAAAUACCUGCCUCAAGCCCCAGGUUUCCCAUCUUCUCCCGGAGGUCUUCUAGCAUUGGUUUGGUUAGCAAUUUCCUGCCAGAGCCACCUACAUCUUGAUUAUUUUGGUCAGUCUUUCGGGGAUUUCAUUUCAGAACCCCUUAGAGAAACACUGUAGCCCAACUGAUCCCAGGGGUUGGUGAACUUUCAGUUUUAUUUUCCCUGACGGUGUUAACGCCCAAACUUUUCACCUCCUAAGUCAAAAAGGACUUUGACUCUAGCUCAUUUCCUACCACCUCCAACGUCAGUUAAAAAAAAAAAAAAGCAAAACACCACUCUACAUUUAAAAGAAUCAUAUAUUUUUCCUUAAGGAUACUUUUAAUGUUUCUGACAUUUAGCAUUUGUUUUUUGCAUAAAAAGUCAUUUUGGCAUAUUCAUCCUAGUGUGACUUACAUUUCAUGAAAUGAUUCACUACUAAUAAACAAAAAAGGGAGGAGGGAGGCCUCAUGGGUUAAUAGUUUCUUUCAUUGCAGAUGACCAGGAACUUUGACCAGCCCCUUCACUUCCCCAAGCUCUCUGAAAGUGGAGGGUUGAUCUUUCCUUUUGACCACUUUUGUCGCAUCCCGCCUAAGGGUGGCUGAUUUCACUGCUGAAUUAACCACCAAGCACCCCCCCCACCCCCGCCCCCAGCCACCACUUUCUCAAAUACUACCCUUCCUUUUCCCCCUCCCUUAAGACUUAUUUCUAAUAUUUCUAAAGUGCACUGUUUUGGGCCUCUCCCCAUCCCCGCCCCCCAAGUGGGCUUUCCUUCCGCCUUCCUCGGCUCGGAUUCCUGACUUGGUCGCCACCCCCUUCUCCUCUCCCACCCCGCAUUGUCUUUCUGAAACCGCCCCCUCCCGGAGCGAGUCCCAGCACCCUCGCCCAGAAUCCCGGGCUCGCACACACUCCGCGCAGGCCGCUCCCCCUGCACACUCCUCCCUUCGUCUCCCCCCGGCUUCCCCGCCCCUCUCCUCCUCCUUCUUUCCCUCCUCCCUCUCCCGGCGCCCGAAAGGAUCAUUGUUAGCCGCCCCCGCCCCGCCCACCCCGGCUGUUUAUUUAUGCACACGUCACCGGGCCGGCCCCGCCCUCCGGCAUCUCAUUAAGGCAGUGUGUUCCUCUCGCCCUGUCAAUAAUCUCCGCUCCCAGACUACUCCGUUCCUCCGGAUUUCGAUCCCCCUUUUUCUAUCUGUCAAUCAGCGCCGCCUUUGAACUGAAAAGCUCUCAGUCUAACUUCAACUCACUCAAAUCCGAGCGGCACGAGCACCUCCUGUAUCUUCGGCUUCCCCCCCUUUGCUCUUUAUAUCUGACUUCUUGUUGUUGUUUUUUUUUUAACCCCCCUUUUUUAUUUAUUAUUUUUUUGCACAUUGAUCGGAUCCUUGGGAACGAGAGAAAAAAGAAACCCAAACUCACGCGUGCAGAAGAUCUCCCCCCCUUCCCCUCCCCUCCUCCCUCUUUUCCCCUCCCCAGGAGAAAAAGACCCCCAAGCAGAAAAAAAAGUUCACCUUGGACUCGUCUUUUUCUUGCAAUAUUUUUUUGGGGGGGCAAAACUUUUUUGGGGUGAUUUUUUUUUUUGCUUUUCUUCCUCCUUCAUUUUUCUUCCAAAAUUGCUGCUGGUGGGUGAAAAAAAAAUGCCGCAGCUGAACGGCGGUGGAGGGGAUGACCUAGGCGCCAACGACGAACUGAUUUCCUUCAAAGACGAGGGCGAACAGGAGGAGAAGAGCUCCGAAAACUCCUCGGCAGAGAGGGAUUUAGCUGAUGUCAAAUCGUCUCUAGUCAAUGAAUCAGAAACGAAUCAAAACAGCUCCUCCGAUUCCGAGGCGGAAAGACGGCCUCCGCCUCGCUCCGAAAGUUUCCGAGACAAAUCCCGGGAAAGUUUGGAAGAAGCGGCCAAGAGGCAAGAUGGAGGGCUCUUUAAGGGGCCACCGUAUCCCGGCUACCCCUUCAUCAUGAUCCCCGACCUGACGAGCCCCUACCUCCCCAACGGAUCGCUCUCGCCCACCGCCCGAACCCUCCAUUUUCAGUCCGGCAGCACACAUUACUCUGCGUACAAAACGAUUGAACACCAGAUUGCAGUUCAGUAUCUCCAGAUGAAAUGGCCACUGCUUGAUGUCCAGGCAGGGAGCCUCCAGAGUAGACAAGCCCUCAAGGAUGCCCGGUCCCCAUCGCCGGCACACAUUGUCCAGAGCCCCUUCCCUUGCUGCACUCAGGGACAUGACUGUCAGCACUUCUACCCCCCCUCAGACUUCACUGUCAGCACUCAAGUCUUCAGGGACAUGAAAAGGAGCCACUCCUUACAAAAAGUUGGGGAGCCCUGGUGUAUUGAGUCGAACAAAGUGCCAGUGGUGCAGCACCCUCACCAUGUCCACCCCCUCACGCCUCUUAUCACGUACAGCAAUGAACACUUCACGCCGGGAAACCCACCUCCACACUUACCAGCCGACGUAGACCCCAAAACAGGAAUCCCACGGCCUCCGCACCCUCCAGAUAUAUCCCCGUAUUACCCACUAUCGCCUGGCACCGUAGGACAAAUCCCCCAUCCGCUAGGAUGGUUAGUACCACAGCAAGGUCAACCAGUGUACCCAAUCACAACAGGAGGAUUCAGACACCCCUACCCCACAGCUCUGACCGUCAAUGCUUCCAUGUCCAGGUUCCCUCCCCAUAUGGUCCCACCACAUCAUACGCUACACACGACGGGCAUUCCGCAUCCGGCCAUAGUCACACCAACAGUCAAACAGGAAUCGUCCCAGAGUGACGUCGGCUCACUCCAUAGCUCAAAGCAUCAGGACUCCAAAAAGGAAGAAGAAAAGAAGAAGCCCCACAUAAAGAAACCUCUUAAUGCAUUCAUGUUGUAUAUGAAGGAAAUGAGAGCAAAGGUCGUAGCUGAGUGCACGUUGAAAGAAAGCGCGGCCAUCAACCAGAUCCUUGGGCGGAGGUGGCAUGCACUGUCCAGAGAAGAGCAAGCAAAAUACUACGAGCUGGCCCGGAAGGAGCGACAGCUUCAUAUGCAACUGUACCCCGGCUGGUCCGCGCGGGAUAACUAUGGAAAGAAGAAGAAGAGGAAAAGGGACAAGCAGCCGGGAGAGACCAAUGAACACAGCGAAUGUUUCCUAAAUCCUUGCCUUUCACUUCCUCCGAUUACAGACCUGAGCGCUCCUAAGAAAUGCCGAGCGCGCUUUGGCCUUGAUCAACAGAAUAACUGGUGCGGCCCUUGCAGUCUUUGAAUUUGGAAUAUUACAAUGGAGAAAAAAAAAGUGCGUUCGCUACAUACAAGGUGAAGGCAGCUGCCUCAGCCCACCCUCUUCAGAUGGAAGCUUACUAGAUUCGCCUCCCCCCUCCCCCAACCUGCUAGGCUCCCCUCCCCGAGACGCCAAGUCACAGACUGAGCAGACCCAGCCUCUGUCGCUGUCCCUGAAGCCCGACCCCCUGGCCCACCUGUCCAUGAUGCCUCCGCCGCCCGCCCUCCUGCUCGCCGAGGCCACCCACAAGGCCUCCGCCCUCUGUCCCAACGGGGCCCUGGACCUGCCCCCAGCCGCUUUGCAGCCUGCCGCCCCCUCCUCAUCAAUUGCACAGCCGUCGACUUCUUCCUUACAUUCCCACAGCUCCCUGGCCGGGACCCAGCCCCAGCCGCUGUCGCUCGUCACCAAGUCUUUAGAAUAGCUUUAGCGUCGUGAACCCCAGUUGCUUUGUUUAUGGUUUUGUUUCACUUUUCUUAAUUUGCCCCCCACCCCCACCUUGAAAGGUUUUGUUUUGUACUCUCUUAAUUUUGUGCCACGUGGCUACAUUAGUUGAUGUUUAUCGAGUUCAUUGGUCAAUAUUUGACCCAUUCUUAUUUCAAUUUCUCCUUUUAAAUAUGUAGAUGAGAGAAGAACCUCAUGAUUCUACCAAAAUUUUUAUCAACAGCUGUUUAAAGUCUUUGUAGCGUUUAAAAAAUAUAUAUAUAUACAUAACUGUUAUGUAGUUCGGAUAGCUUAGUUUUAAAAGACUGAUUAAAAAACAAAAAGAAAAAAAAAGCAAUUUUGAAGCAGCCCUCCAGAAGGAGUUGGUUCUGUAUUAUUUGUAUUAAAUACGAGCUUGCAAACCAAUCAUUUUACAUCUGGUUUUUAAACCGUAAGGGCACCACGAAUGCAGUGCCGUUACUUUUUUUUUUUUUUCUGUGUGAAACAACUUUUAUUGUGAUGUUACUUGUUAUUGUUUAAAUGUACAGAAACAAAGGGUAAAAGUGUGUUAAUAUACCUUGUUCCAUGGUGUUGUUCUUUUGGGGGGAGGGGACGCUACUCAACACUUAAUAGAAUCACAACGCUGUUGGGCCAGUAGUAUUUAUUGCUUUAGAGAUUGCUUGUCGUACCUGUAUGUCGUCCCUUUUUAAAUAUGUUUUCCUUUUUCUUGAAACUGUAUAAAGUUUUUUUCCCCCUUAGCAUAAGCAUCUUAUAUAUAACAACUCAUUUGUACAAGGUUUUUAAGUUUAUAUAUAAAAUGUGUAUAUAUAUUUUUGUUUCCCCUUUUUGACUUUUUUUUUUUUUUUCUGUAUGAAACCCAGACGUCACCAAAUGGACAUUAAUAGUUGCAUUAAGGAUCAGUAGCAUUAACAAAAGUUGCUUUAAAAGCCAUUAUGUAAAACAAGACUUGAAAAUGAGUGAGGGAAUUUUAGCGACACUGUCUGAGCAGCAGUGGGAACCAUCUUCGUUUCCCCUUUGAACUCCCAGUGGGAUGCCCUACCCUGCGCCCUUAGGACCUGGACUGACCGUGUGCAAAACUUUACGUGCCAAAAUUCUCAGUGAAUUUAGCUUUCUCCCUCUUUUUGAUGCUGUAAUUUUUGUUCAUCAUGUUUUGCUGUGAUGUUACAUAGGUAGAUUUGUAUGUAGUUUUAAUGUCACCUAUAACAAAAUGUGUUUGGUAGCAGAUUGUCCAGAAAGCAUUUUAAAUGAAGAGGUAUAAACCCUUAAGGGCCAAAAUUCUGUAUAUUAGAUUACUCUUUAAAGAAAAACCAGCUGCCGCUUUUAUGUACACAUAUUACAUACGAGUAGGCAGCAGACUUUAAAAAUAAAAAAAACCUAGGCAUGUUGAUGUUGCAAAAUGCUGUAUAAAGCUGAAACCUGUUCAUUCAGUGCCAUUGUAGUUGACAUGAAGCGAUUGUAAAACUGUCUCCGAUUUUUCUCUGGUUUAUUAAAAUGCUAACUAUAACAUUUUUUGUGAAUACUUUGAAUGUUUCCUAACAGUUGUGAUGUUACUGUUCCGUUUUAUGCUCUUAUUCCAAGUUCAUUUUUAAUGGUUUGGAAGCCAUUUUUGUAAUGAAUAAAUGUUCAUGCUGUACAGUAUCUGUAGCAUGCCGUUCUGGAUUAAUAAAAGCAACUUAGUAUGUGCAGAUAAA